AUGCUGCCGACUGCAGUCACGAGCGUGCUGGGCUUGGACGUGUACGUGCGCGGCUGCCCGGGAAUGGGCACGAGGUGGUUUGAGCGCGUGCUGCCGUGCCUAUUUGAAUCUCCGGUGCAGGUCUUCGCGCGCGAGAAGCACAGCGGAUGCACCAUCCGAUCUGCAUCCGACCCGAACAUUUCGUCCAAGCUCCUCCACCCGCGGUGUCGAUCCAGUUGCAUCCACGCUGUGAUAGCUCGGCAUCCGAUGACGUUGAAGCGGCGCGAUCGGCACUCGAUGCUGGUGUGGGAAGCGUACUAUGGGGCGUGGAUGCAAAUGCGGCACGCCAAUGUGAGGUUCUUCCGCUUCGAGGAUCUCAUCAGUCGCGGCUGCACUGCGACACGCUCAGACCCCGUAAUCGCACGACGAUACAAAACCUUUCGUUCCGACGUGGCGCCCUCCAACGAGGGCGUGUGGAGGUUCUGGAAUUACAGCAGCUAUGCCGUCAGAUGA